AUGGCGUAUCCAUACCGCCCGAAGUUUUUGUUUAAAUAUCCGGACUACAUCCCGCCGACUGACGAGCAGGAUGCCCAGACGGACCCGCGUUUGAAGCUCGAGCCGGCCUGCUUGGAGAAGUGCAAGAGCUUCAGGAAGCUUUACGAUGAAUGCGCCGAGCGUGUGAAGCACCGCAACGCCAUCUACAAGGAGGCUGCGGAGCAAGGCCGUGGUCUCGAGGUGCAGGGGCCCGGGCAGUGUCUCGGGCAGCACUACGACGUGGUCCACUGCGUGGAUAAUUGCAUCGCGAAAGACCUAUUUCGGUAUUUGAAGUGA